AUGCUCAUGAAGCAUCUGAUCCUCACUCUCUUGACUUUGGUGUCUACCCUGUUCGGCUCCGUUCUCGCUUUGCCGGGCGAACCAAGCGACCCCGACUCAGAUGAUGGGGCUCCACCCAGCGGAGGAUUCCUCCCCCUCGUCAAGACGUUGCAGAGACUUGGAAUCGCUGGCAUCAAGCUUGACCGCACCCUCGAAAUGUCGCAAAUCACGCCCGAGACCCUACAGACCAUCCGGCAAUUGACCCAGGACAUCGAGAACAUCGUGACCCAAGCCACGGCUGAGGCAGACGCCCUGGAGGUUCUGGACCCCAUCCGCAGCACCAAGCUGACCAAGAAUGCCCUGCCCAUGAAGCCAGUGUUUGGCCACUUGCUCAAGGUCAUUUCGAAUGAGAAAGAGGGACUAUGCGCAGCCCAAUUUUGCCACGAGAUGCAGGACUUCUUGACUUGGAUGCGGAUUCGGUGCCACGAACUGGCAGAAUCUCUGCGAGGGAUCGUCGGGUUCGGGGAUGGAAAAUUGAUUGAAGUCUGUGCAGACCUGAUCGACAAGCAGUAUGCCAUGACGAUCACCGAGUAUGAGAAGCUUAUCCGAUCUGGCCGCGACGAGGACCAGCCCGAUGACCCAGGCGAUGAUGCGGGACCUCCUGGGCAGGGCCCCCUUUAG